UAUCGCUCUUCCCUUAUACUUCCCUCCCUCCCCAUUGACUCCUCUCUACUUCCUUCCUUCCUUCCUUCCUCACGGUCCCAAAUCUCGGGAGAAAACUUCCCUUUAAUCUGUGUUCAGUUCUGGGGAAAUGGCUUCGAACACACUGAUGAGCUGCGGCAUAGCCACCUCGGCCUUCCCCUCGGUCCUCUCCUCCUCCAAGUCGAGGUUCGCCACCUCGAUUCCGCUCCAAUGCUCCGCCACCAGCUCGGGUUCCCGCUUCUCCAUGUCCGCGGACUGGAUGCCCGGUCAGCCCCGGCCACCCUACCUUGACGGCUCGGCUCCCGGUGACUUCGGAUUCGACCCGCUUCGGCUCGGAGAAGUUCCCGAAAACCUCGAGAGGUUCAAGGAAUCCGAACUCAUCCACUGCAGAUGGGCCAUGCUUGCCGUUCCGGGGAUAUUGGUUCCGGAGGCCCUGGGCCUAGGCAACUGGGUGCAGGCUCAGGAGUGGGCCGCUAAGCCAGGAGGCCAGGCUACCUACUUGGGCAACCCGGUCCCCUGGGGCUUUCUCCCCACCAUCUUGGUGAUCGAGUUCCUGUCCAUUGCCUUCGUCGAGCACCAAAGGAGCAUGGAGAAGGACCCCGAGAAGAAGAAGUACCCCGGCGGCGCCUUCGACCCCUUGGGCUACUCCAAGGACCCUGUCAAGUUCGAGGAGUACAAGGUCAAGGAGAUCAAGAACGGUCGAUUGGCGUUGUUGGCAUUCGUGGGUUUCUGCGUACAGCAAUCAGCCUACCCGGGCACGGGACCUCUCGAGAACUUGGCGACUCACUUGGCUGACCCAUGGCACAACAACAUCGGGGACGUCAUCAUCCCCGGAACCCUUUCGCCCUGAUUUGUUAUAAUCCCUAUUACACAGUUAAUCAAUCUCGUGUUAAUUAGAUCAAUGUUAAGUAGUCUCCGGUUAUACGCUCUCUAGCUAUCUCCUUGUAAAAUUCCAUGUAAUGAUCAUCGCGAGUAAUUAAUUUUGCCUCUCCUCGUAUGUGCUCGUGUGUGAAAUUGAAAUUCGAGAAUUGAAUGGUUCCGGUGAAA